AUGGACAACAUCGACGAGAAAUACAUUGAACACCUUCACGACCGCGCGAAGAAGGCUGAGAAUUCUAAGACCAGCAAGAGACGCCUGUCUCUUGAAACUCUUGAGCUGAUAUGCCAGUGUGGAACAGCACGAGCCACAAGGAACCAAGAACAGAAAGGCGCGAAGAAACAAACUUCUGAGGAUGUAAAUGUUCAGCGUGCAUGUUCUGGUGCGAUUGCUUCUCGAAUGGUUGAAAAAGAAGUGGACUUAACGUCAGAGAUGUCAUUCAGCCGAGGUGCCAACACUCUUGCCGUGUCAGCAAAGUUGUUCGCCGAAAAUAGAGCUCGUCUCGUCGCAGCCUUAAAGGGGAAAGUAGUUCCCGGUAGUGUCGUGCUACUGGAAGGGGGAAAAGAGAAAAAUCGAUACAAUACGGACGCAGAGGAUCUACCCUUCAGGCAGGAGUCCUACUUCUUCUGGACUUUUGGGGUACAUGAAAGCGACUUCUUUGGGGCGAUUGACGUGGAUUCCGGAAGAUCAUGCUUGUUUGCUCCCACGCUUGAUCCGUCGUACGCCAUAUGGGAUGGGAAAAUAAACGAUGAGACAUGGUUCAAGAACAGAUAUGAAGUCGACGAAGUUCGGUUCUACAAGGACAAGAUCAUCAGCGACUAUCUUCUGAAGAAGAACACGAAAAAACUUCUUCUGCUUAGAGCAAAAAACACCGACAGUGGAAAUAUUCUUGAGCCUCCCACAUUUGAAGGAAAGGAGAUGUUUGAUAUUGAUGUUGAGUUGUUAUAUCCAGUUAUAGCGGAGUUGCGUGUUUUAAAAACAGAUCGAGAAUUGCAGGUGAUGAGGUAUGCUUGUAAAAUUGCUUCUGAAGCUCAUAAAGCAGCAAUGAAGGCUAUUCGUGCAGGACUGUACGAAUAUCAAAUGGAGAGUGUGUUCCGUCACACAUCGUACUACCAUGGUGGAUGUCGUCACCUUGCGUACACUUGCAUUGCUGCAUCAGGAUGUAAUGGUGCAAUCCUUCAUUACGGUCAUGCGAACGCUCCUAAUGAUAAACAAAUCAAGGAUGGUGAUAUGUGCUUAUUCGACAUGGGUCCUGAGUACAACUGCUAUGCAUCUGAUGUAACAACUUCAUUCCCCGCCAAUGGAAAGUUCACAGAGAAACAGAAGAUGGUAUAUAAUGCUGUACUUGAUGCAAACAAGACUGUUUUCAAAGCAGCGAAGCCCGGAGUUCGCUGGACCGACAUGCACGUGCUUGCCGAGAAGGUUAUCCUCACUCAUCUGAAAAAAGCCGGACUUGUUACAGGCGACCUUGACGAAAUGAUUGCUGCCCGCAUAGGUGCGGUAUUCAUGCCUCACGGCCUGGGUCACUUUCUUGGACUUGACGUGCAUGACUGUGGUGGCUUUAUCGGGGAUGCUCUUCCACGGUCAAAACUCGCUGGGUUAAAGUCACUGCGAACAACUAGAACACUGAAAGAGAGAAUGGUAAUUACAAUUGAACCGGGCUGCUACUUCAUCGAUACGUUACUUGAUGCCGCAUUCAGAAAUCCCGACCAGGCGAAAUUUCUUGUCAAGACCGAGAUCGAUAAGUACCGGGGAGAGGGCGGAGUUCGAAUAGAAGACGAUGUCGUGAUCUGGGAAAAAGGCAACGAAAAUAUGAACGACGUCCCGAGAACUGUGGAAGAAAUUGAACAGUUCAUGGCGAGUGGAACAGUGGACGAUGCCACUAUACAGAAGAGCAUUGCUGAUCACCUUGGCAAACGUUGA